UGGGGCUAAGUGUCCUUAUAAAAAAGGAAAUCAAACAUCAGAAAUUGGCAUUUGCAAAGGACUUCAUCAUGGUGGUCAGCUGGGUCCACAUCAGGAUAAGGCUACUGUUAGCCUGCUUUCUCUUGCAUUCCGUUUUUGGCCAAAACAGAGGACCAUAUUUCAUGGUGACAUUUCCAUCAGUAAUAGAGGCUGGCUCUGAUGCCAGAUUUUGUGUGAGUCUUAUUAAGCCUAAUGAGACUCUGCAAAUGAACAUUUUUCUGGUUCACAACAAACAAGACAGGACUCUUUUUCACGAGACAGUGGAAAAGGAAAUUCAUCACUGCUCUCAUUUUGUGGCUCCAAAUGUUGAAGGUGAAUCGGUGCAGGAGAUUAAAGUAGAAGUCAAAGGGGAAAGAUUUAAGAUGACAGAGAAAAGGAAAGUGAUGUUUAAAUCUUACGACACAUUGGUAUUUAUUCAGACGGAUAAACCCAUCUACAAUCCAGGACAAACAGUGAAUUUUAGAAUUGUCACUAUGGAUUCUAAUUUUAUUCCCCUUGAACAAACGUACAGCUCAGUAAUUCUGGAAGAUAGUAGAAGUAACAGGAUUGGUCAGUGGAUGAAUGUGUCCUCAACAGGUCUGAUACUGCAGCUUUCUCAUGAGCUAAAUGCUGAGGCUCCAAAUGGGUAUUAUUAUUUAUCUGCCAAAAUUGGAAAAAGGCUGAUUUCACACAACUUUAAGGUGAAAAAAUAUGUUUUACCCAAGUUUGAGAUUACAGUGAAUACACCAAAAGAGCACAGUGUUGUAGAGGAAGAACUGAAGCUGGAGAUUUGUGGAAAGUACACUUAUGGACAGCCAGUACCUGGUGAAGCACUUGUGCAAGUGUGUCGUAAAUUUAAGCGGACUUAUAUUUACCAUCAGAAUGCUCCAAUGAUUUCACCAUGCCUGGUUGAAACAGUAAAGAUGAGUCAGACUGGUUGUGUCUUUCAUAUACUGAAUGUGUCAACUUUUAUGAAUUCUGAAUUUGAAGGGAAUUUUGAAAACAAUCUUAAUGUUACUGUUACACUGACAGAGGAAGGAACAGAAAUUUCCAUGGUAAAAUCUGAAAUCAUAUCACUCACAUACCUAAUUGGUAAAGUGGAACUUGUGGAUUUACCAAAAACCUUUAAAUGGGAGACAGUUAUAGAAGGAAAAAUUAAAGUUACUACCUUCAGUGGAACACCAAUUCCUAACAAGGAGGUGUAUCUUUCAGAAGGUGACCGAUGGACUCAUGGGACAUUACUACUUAAUCUUACUACAGAUAGUAAUGGCUUGGCAAACUUCUCAGUCCCUUCACCUGAACAUCCUAAAACAGGGAUAUCAUUGAGGGCAAGCAUCUAUCCAGUGAUUAAAUACCACCGAUACGAAACACCAUUCUUUUCAUAUGAUGUUGCACAUAUGUAUCUGCCCAAACCUGCUACACCUUACAGUCCAGUGUACAGUGAACUGUCAAUAGAGAGAUCAGGAGAACCAUUUAAAUGUGGUGCAGAAAUUCCCAUAACAAUUAACUACUAUAUUGUUGGGGAAACUUCUAAAAGUCACAGUAUUGAUCUUUUAUACAUGGUCUUGUCUAAAGGAGCCAUAGUCCAUUAUGGGCAUGAGACAGUUGAAGUGGAAGCAUCUACAGAUAUCAGAAAAGGAAAAAUCUCAUUUAAACUAUCUGUUCUUGCGGAGCUGGCUCCUUUAGUUCAGGUUGUGGCGUUCUCUGUCCUGCCCAGUGAGAACGUCAUUGCAGCUAGUAGUAAUUUUGAUGUGGAAAAAUGUUUUAGAAAUAAGGUUUCGCUACAGUUCUCUCCCACUAAAGCAGUUCCAGGUGAGAAGAACACACUCGAGCUUUCAGCUCAUCCUGGUUCAUUGUGUGGCCUCAGUGCUGUAGAUCAGAGUGUGUUCAUCAUGGAGCCAUUAAAUCGUCUAAACACUAUAAAGAUAUUUAACUUAUUGCGAGUGACACAGUUAUUAGAUUAUCCCUAUGGGCUUGAAGAAGAUCAAGAAUGCUUGCAUGUUAGACCUCGACGGGAUGCAUGGCUUGACCAAACUUACAAAACAUUAAAGAGAGUGGGGCUGAAGAUGGCAACAAACUUGGAGAUUAGAACUCCUCGGUGUUUGGUGUACAAAGGAAUAAAAUAUCAUCACACGCUACGUCAGCAGCCUCGGGGGAAAGCUGGUCAACCAGGUAACCGAGACAUUGCGACAGAUCGCAAAUUCUUCCCAGAAACAUGGCUAUGGCAGUUGUCUGAAGUGGGGGACUCUGGAUCAGUACAGCUUCCUGUCACUGUUCCUGACACCAUCACCACCUGGGAGACCGACGCUUUCUGCGUGUCCUCUAAAGGUCUUGGUCUCGCUCCUCCUGUUCAGCUCACUGUGUUUCAGCCCUUCUUCCUGGAGCUCUCGUUGCCUUACUCCAUUAUACGUGGAGAGGUUUUUGAGCUGAAGGCCACUGUCUUCAAUUAUCUUUCCAAAUGCAUUAUGGUUAAAGUGACUCCGGUCCCUUCCUCAGACUACACUCUGGAACCAACUACUGAUGGCGACUAUUCAUCCUGCCUGUGUGCAAAUGGAAGAAAGACCUUCAAAUGGACUUUAGUUUCCUCUGUGCUUGGAGUCAUGAAUGUGACAGUGAGUGCAGAAGCAGAACAAUCCCAGACUGUGUGUGAUAAUGAGAUUGUGAGUGUUCCGGAGAGAGGCCGUAUUGACACAGUUACACGAAGCCUCAUUGUAAAGGCUGAAGGAACUGAGAAGACAAAGAGCCACAACUGGUUAUUAUGUCCACAGGGAAACAUUAUCUCUGAAGAGUUAGAGCUGUCUCUUCCUGAGAAUGUAAUAGAUGGAUCAGUACGAGCUUCUGUUUCAGUACUGGGAGACAUACUUGGCCGUGCAUUAAAAAAUCUGGAUGGACUACUAAAGAUGCCAUAUGGCUGUGGAGAACAAAACAUGGCUCUUCUCGCCCCAAAUAUCUACAUUCUUCAGUAUCUAGAGAACACUGAGCAGCUCACCACAGAUAUCCAUGAGAAGGCUACUGGUUUCCUUAGGAGUGGAUACCAGAGGCAGCUAAACUAUAAGCAUUUUAGUGGUGGUUAUAGCACAUUUGGAAGUGGAGAGGAGAACACAUGGUUAACCGCAUUUGUCUUGAGGACGUUUGGCAAAGCACAACGUUACAUAUUUAUUGAUCCAGAAAUACUUAACAGUGCAAAGAAUUGGCUCAUACGUAUGCAGAACAGAACAGAUGGAUGUUUUAUUAGACAGGGUAGGCUGUUCAAUAAUAGAAUGAAGGGUGGUGUAAAUGAUGAUGUGACUAUUACCGCCUACAUCACUGCAUCAUUGCUUGAAUUGGGGAACACAGUCCAGGAUCCUGUUGUGAAUAAAGGACUGUUGUGCCUCAAAUCUUCUAUUAGUACCUUGACAAACACCUACACCACUGCACUGUUGGCCUACACUUUCAGUCUGGCAGGAGAGAAAGAAAAUCGGGAGCAACUAUUUAAAAAGUUGGAUAAUGUUGCAAUUUCUGGAGAUGGUCGUCUUCACUGGUCUCAGUCAGCAUUAGAUGAUUCCAGCUCAUUGUCAGUGGAAAUCAGCUCCUAUGUGCUGUUAGCUGUUCUCACUUCAGGUCAACUCACUGCUGUUGAUUUGGGCUACGCUAAUAGAAUAGUCAGCUGGCUCGUGAAGCAGCAAAAUCCUUAUGGAGGCUUUUCAUCCACCCAGGACACAGUCGUGGCUCUUCAAGCUCUGGCUCUGUACUCCACUAAAGUGUUCAGCACUGAAGGCUCUAGCACAGUAACUGUAAAGUCUGCAGCUGGACACAGUCAAAACUUUGAUGUGAACCAGAACAACAAGUUACUGUACCAAGAAAGAUCAUUGCAGGAUGUUCCUGGUAAAUACAGCAUUGAUGUGAAGGGCUCCACCUGUGUAUCAGUGCAGACAUCACUUUUCUACAAUGUCCCCACACCUACUGAAAUCAGUACACUGAGCAUUACAGCAAAGACUGAGGGAAACUGCACAAAAUCGUUUGGACACACUUUGUCCCUGAAGUUCACUGUUGGAUAUAAUGGGGCACUAAACAGCACCAACAUGAUUAUAGUGGACAUAAAACUCUUAUCAGGGUUCACAGCAGAUUCUGCUGAACUGAAAAGAGGACUUUUGGUUGAACGGGUUGAUUCUAAAGAUGACCAUAUUAUCAUGUAUAUCAAAGAGCUACAAAAGAAUAUUCCUAUAAACUAUGAGCUACACACUAAGCAGGUGCUUCCUGUCAAGAAUGUCAAGCCAGCAGUGAUCAAAGUUUACGAUUAUUACCAAACAAGUGACCAGUCUGAGACAGAAUACACCUCUCUUUGUGGAGGAUUUUAAAUUACAUUUGAAGGUGCAGAACAUCCUUUAUCUGUUUUAUGUUGGUUUUAUUUUCUGAUUAAGAUUUUAUUGUGGAUUAAAAAUACCCUACAAAUGC